AUGAUGCCCUGCCCCCUCGGGCUGUGGGUGGUCUGUGGCUUAUGGAGGUCUCAAAGCCCUGCCCACCACCCCCUGGCUCCCAGUGGUGCCUCCCUGGUCUCCGGCAGCCCGGGCACCAUCGGGGGCACUGAGGCCGCGGAGCCCAGAGACAUGGUCCUUCUGGUUCGCGCAGGGCGGAGGCUCUCUCCACUGCUCACCUCCAGCAGGGAGUUUAUCUCCACGGAAACCUUGGAAGAUGGCGAAGGUGCAGAAGACAUGGAAAAGGAGAGCAGUGGGCUGAGUCAAAGCGCUGGGUGCAGAAUUAGGGGCUCCUGCUGGGGAUCCGAGUUGGGGAGAGCUGGGCUGGGCCCCAUCCUGCUGCAGGGAACCCCCCUGUGGGCCUCGCGCGGACCUGCGCCCCCCGCCCCCGGGAGCUCCAGGGUGCGCCAUGGUCCCCUCCCUUCCAGCUCUCGAGAAUCUUCCAGUUGGACAACAGUUACGAAACCUGCUCCUGCAAAUCUGUUCCGCUGGGGACGGGAGAGAGCCUCCAGGGAGACACAGAAGAACGCGAUGUGGAGGAAAGGAGAACAAACAAAACCGAGGAGCUCCGUGGGGCGUCCAGCGGUUGCUUCUGCAGGGGAGACGACUAGUUUCCAGGCAAAAGCAGCGCAGGCGGGCAAGGGCUGCCUGAGGACCCCUUCCCCGGAGAACUGACGCUGGUUCCCGGCGCCCUCCCCGAGCCGUCAGCACCCGGUGCUGGGCGCGGCUGAGCCGCCCGGUGGCCGUCUCGGUUCCCGGGAGAGGCUGUACUGGGUGCUGAGGCCGCCGCCCACCCUGAAGCAGAAAGCCCCAACGAGCCUCGGAGCCUGCGGACGUGCGGCCCUGCGGGAGGCCAAAGAGCGCUCUGGGGGCCCCCCCACCCCCGCCCCGCGGAGCCCCCUCCUCCGGGUCCCUGCCUGCGGGGCCUCUGAGCUGCCCCCAAAGCCUGAGAGGCCCGCGGAGCCCACGGCUGCAGGGCUCAGCCCACGGUUCCCCAGAGCUGGCGCUUUUGACACUCUGGGCCGGGUGAUUCUUUGCGGUGGAGGGCUGCCCCACGCCUUGUAGGGCAUUUAGCAGCAUCUCCCGCCUCUACCCGCUAGAUGCCAGCAACACCCACUGGCCAAGUUGUGACAACCAAAGUAUCUUAAGAUAGUGCCAAAUUUCUCGAGGGGGUGGAGGUAAUGUGGGGAGGAAGGGAACAAAGUCAGUUUAGAACCACUUAGCCUUGGAGG